AUGGCCGAGAAACCAGAGGACCUCAAUCUUCCCAAUGCUGUCAUCACGCGGAUUAUAAAAGAGGCAUUGCCAGAUGGCGUUAACGUCUCCAAGGAGGCAAGACGAGCGAUAUCUCAAGCAGCCAGUGUUUUCGUUCUCUAUGCAACAUCUUGUGCAAACAAUUUUGCUAUGAAAGCAAAAAGGAAGACACUCAACGCUGGAGAUGUGAUGUCAGCUAUGGAGGAGAUGGAGUUUGAGCGUUUCUUGCAACCCUUGCGGGAAGCACUUGAAGCUUACAAGAAAGGUCAGAAAGGCAAGAAGGAGGCAUCUGAGCAAAAACGUAAGGACAAGGAGAAGAAGAACAGCCCGGGUGAGCACGACAAGAGUAGAGAUGAAGAGGAAGACGAGCACAUGGAUGAUGAGCAGGAGGGAGAGAAUGAAGGAGAGGAAGAGGAUGUGGAAAACUGAGAGCAAGCAGGACUUUUAGAUUUGUUCAGUCCGUCCUGGUUUCCAUCAACUAUGGCAAAUAAUAGUUUCCACGUUAAUGGUGGGACAAGAACAAGCCUAUGGUACUGAAUACAAAUGUUUCACUUUAUGAAAUUGAGCAACUGUACAAAAAUGAUUGUGGCAACUUUCCUGCGGUGUGCUCCUUUGAAUACAGUGAGGUAUAUUUCAAGAGAAAAUGCACAUUGUCUCCUCAAAUUCACUUUAAUCAGUUAUACAUAACACAGUAGUACCCACAGUUUUAAGCAAAUAAAUGUACUAUUCAUGAAAUGUGAAUGAGUCAUGAAAUGGGAAAAAUGUGAUGCGUGUUAAUGAUUUAGGAUGAG